AGAGGCAACUUCCGGCAGCGCCCCGCCGAGAGCGUGAACUAUCGCUGCGGAGGGGCAGACCUGGACCGGUGGAAGGCCGGGCGGAAGUGCGUGCCUGGGGUCGCUUUGGUUACCGCGUUUUCCGCCCCUCGCUACGUCAUCGUUGUGAGCCCGCUAUCAGCGGCCAGCGCGGGCGCGGCCGGAGACCGUGGGGACCCCGGUUGCCGCCCCCUCAGAUGUCUUGGGCCCUGCCCCUGAACCAGGAGCCACCAUGUUGGUGAUACCCCCCGGACUGAGCGAGGAAGAGGAGGCUCUGCAGAAGAAAUUCAACAAACUCAAGAAAAAGAAAAAGGCAUUGCUGGCUCUGAAGAAGCAAAGUAGCAGCAGCACAACCAGCCAAGGUGGUGUCAAACGCUCACUAUCAGAGCAGCCUGUCGUGGACACAGCCACAGCAACAGAGCAGGCAAAGCAGCUGGUGAAGUCAGGAGCCAUCAGUGCCAUCAAGGCUGAGACCAAGAACUCAGGCUUCAAGCGUUCUCGAACCCUUGAGGGGAAGUUAAAGGACCCCGAGAAGGGACCAGUCCCCACUUUCCAGCCGUUCCAGAGGAGCAUAUCUGCUGAUGAUGACCUGCAAGAGUCAUCCAGACGUCCCCAGAGGAAAUCUCUGUAUGAGAGCUUUGUGUCUUCUAGUGAUCGACUUCGAGAACUAGGGCCAGAUGGAGAAGAGGCAGAGGGCCCAGGGGCUGGUGAUGGUCCCCCUCGAAGCUUUGACUGGGGCUAUGAAGAACGCAGUGGUGCCCACUCCUCAGCCUCCCCUCCCCGAAGCCGCAGCCGGGACCGCAGCCAUGAGAGGAACCGGGACAGAGACCGAGAUCGGGAGCGGGAUCGAGACAGAGACAGAGAGCGGGACAGGGAUCGGGAUCGGGAUCGGGAUCGAGACCGGGAACGGGACAGGGAUCGGGAGCGGGAUCGAGACCGAGACCGAGAGGGUCCUUUCCGCAGGUCGGAUUCAUUCCCUGAACGGCGAGCCCCUAGGAAAGGGAAUACUCUCUAUGUAUACGGAGAAGACAUGACACCCACCCUCCUCCGUGGGGCCUUCUCUCCUUUUGGAAACAUCAUUGACCUCUCCAUGGACCCACCCAGAAACUGUGCCUUCGUCACCUAUGAAAAGAUGGAGUCAGCAGAUCAGGCCGUUGCUGAGCUCAACGGGACCCAGGUGGAGUCUGUACAGCUCAAAGUCAACAUAGCCCGAAAACAGCCCAUGUUGGAUGCCGCUACUGGCAAGUCUGUCUGGGGCUCCCUCGCUGUCCAGAACAGCCCUAAGGGUUGCCACCGGGACAAGAGGACCCAGAUUGUCUACAGUGAUGACGUCUACAAGGAAAACCUUGUGGAUGGCUUCUAGGGAACAGAGCUGGAUUCCUUGUGCCUCAUAUGCCCCAAUGCUGGUCUCAGUAAAACACUGAGGUGGAAGCUUA